AUGCCAAGUUACCCAGAGCUUGGUGCCUAUCAGUUGACAGCAAAGCUUGGAGAUGGUGCAUUCUCCAAAGUAUAUGAGGCUAUAAACUUAAAAACCAACGAGAAAGUGGCUAUCAAAAUUGUCAAGAAGGCAGAGAUAAAUAAUCAACAGAAAGCAAGUGUUUUAAAAGAAGCGCAAAUAAUGAGAACUUUAGAUCAUCCAUCGAUUGUUAAACUAUUGGAUUUUAUGGAAACCAAAGAACAUUUCUUUCUUGUACUAGAACUAUGCGAGGGUGGAGAAUUAUUUCAUCAAAUUGUCCGUCUCACUUAUUUAAGUGAAGAUCUUGCCCGUCACUGCAUUAAACAAGUUGCAGAUGGAAUUCGAUACUUGCAUGAGGAGAAAGGAGUUGUUCACAGAGAUAUUAAACCAGAAAACUUGCUAUUUACACCAAUUGAAUUUAUGGAACGUGACACCCCACUACCACCCAACGAAUUUGACGAACCCAAAGAAGAUGAAGGGAAGUUUGUAGAAGGAUUAGGUGGCGGUGGAAUCGGUCAAGUGAAGAUUGCUGAUUUUGGUCUAUCCAAAGUGAUAUGGGAUGAACAAACUAGAACACCUUGUGGUACUGUAGGGUAUACAGCUCCAGAGAUUGUAAAUGAUCAGCGGUAUUCCCGAUCUGUCGACAUGUGGGCACUUGGUUGUGUUCUCUAUACUUUGCUUUGCGGCUUCCCUCCUUUUUAUGAUGAGAGUAUUAGUGUCCUGACCGAAAAGGUAGCUAAAGGCCGUUAUACUUUCUUAAGCCCAUGGUGGGAUAAUAUCUCGGCUGAAGCCAAAGACUUGAUAGAAAAUUUAUUAUGUGUCGAUCCAAAGAAACGUUAUAGUAUCGGGCAAUUUCUAGAACAUCCUUGGAUGAAAAAACAAAAAUUAGAACAAGCAAAAGAAAAUGGUGCAGUUGCUGAUGACCAUUUACCUGAUAUAUCUUCAACGCCCAAAGCUUCGAUACUUGAAGAGGCACUUAACCGUAUGAAAAAUCCCCACGAAACUGAAGCCGAAGCUUAUAAACGCAUGAUCUUAGAACGCAAUAGAGAUCAACAGGAACUAGAGGAGGCUGCUCCUUCAUCUGGUGCGUCAUCCGUCGUAAACUCUCGUGCCAACUCACGCGCCAACUCCCGUGCUCCUUCAGUCAUUGCUUCUGGAACCGUAACCCCCCGUAGAGAUUUGUAUUCAGGAGUUGCAUCUAUGAAGGAAAUGUUUGAUAUCUCUUAUACUGUGCAUCGUAUGGCCGAAGAAAAGGCAAGACGUAAUCACUUGAAGACAAAGCCUCAGGAUGAUCAACGUGUGCUGUUUAGAAAUGCUGUAAAUGCACAAGGUGAAGAAAACGACGACACAUCAACAGAAGAAGAUACCGAUGAGACAUCUUCCCUACAGACUUCAGCAAGCGAGGGGAAAAUAGUAACAGAUAAACAGUUAAGAGAGCUGCAAAUGAAAUUAGAGGCAUUGGGUCAUGAAGAGUCAAUAAAAAAGGCAAAGAAACCAAAACCAAAACAACACAGCAGUUUCAUUGACUUAAACAUGGAUAAAUCAACAUUAUUUGCUAGAAGAAAAAAUCCUAAAGCCGCUUAG